AUGGAGACCGUCGACAGCAGCGCACGCUUGACGAAGUUGAGGCAGCUCAUGAAAGAGCGCAACGUUGAUGUAUACAUCGUCCCCUCCGAAGACAGCCAUGCCUCAGAGUACAUCGCCUCCUGCGACGCAAGACGAGAGUUUAUAAGCGGUUUCACCGGUUCGGCGGGAUGUGCAGUCAUCACCCACGAAAAGGCUGCCCUUGCCACAGACGGGCGAUACUUCAACCAAGCAGCAAGGCAGCUGGACUCGAAUUGGGUCCUGCUGAAACAAGGUCUCCAAGACGUGCCCACGUGGCAGGAAUGGUCCGCGGACGAAUCGGCUGGGGGAAAGGUCGUCGUGGUUGAUCCAACGCUAAUCACAAGCUCUACAGCUGAGAAGCUCCUGGAGAAGAUCAAGAAGCGCGGCGGGUCUAACCUGCUUCCUGUAUCGGACAAUUUAGUAGACAUUGCUUGGGGAGAAGCGAAACCCACCCGGCCUAGAGAGCCUGUGGCUUUCCUCCCGCCUAAGUACUCUGGCAAGGAUGCCAAAACGAAACUCACAGAGCUUCGGAAGGAACUGGAGAAGAAGAACUCUGCGGGCUUUGUGAUAUCCAUGUUGGACGAGAUUGCCUGGCUAUUCAACCUCCGAGGAAAUGACAUCCCGUACAACCCCGUCUUCUUUUCAUAUGCUAUCGUAACCUCGGACUCGGCAACGCUAUACGUUGACUCCACGAAGCUAAGCGAGGAGUGCCACAGCUAUCUGGCUGAAAACCAUGUUACGAUCAAGUCAUAUGAGAGCUUGUUCGAGGACGCCAAUGCUUUGAGUGAUUCGGUGUUUGUGGAAGUGCCUAAAGAGGGCGAGAAACCGCAAGAUCCAAAGAAGUUCCUGAUCUCAACAAAGGGAUCUUGGGCAUUGAAGCUUGCUUUGGGAGGCGAGAAAUAUGUCGAGGAAAUUAAGAGCCCAAUUGGCGACGCUAAGGCUAUCAAGAACGAGACAGAGCUGGAGGGUAUGCGACAGUGUCAUAUCCGUGAUGGUGCAGCGUUGAUUGAAUAUUUUGCUUGGCUGGAGGACCAGCUCAUUACCAAGCAGGUAUCUCUAGACGAGGUGACAGCGGCGGAUAAGCUUGAAGAACUGCGAAAGAAACAGGAGAAUUAUGUCGGUCUUUCUUUCGAUACCAUCUCUUCAACCGGCGCAAAUGCGGCGGUCAUCCAUUACAAGCCUGAAAGGGGCCAUUGCUCAAUAAUCGACCCGAAGGCAGUCUACCUAUGCGAUUCGGGGGCGCAGUAUCUCGAUGGCACAACUGACACGACUCGUACGCUGCAUUUUACAACACCAUCAGACGCCGAAAAGCUAGCUUACACUCUGGUCUUGAAGGGCCAUAUUGCCCUUGACAUGGCUGUGUUCCCGAAAGGUACCACCGGUUAUGCUCUGGAUGGACUGGCGAGACAAUUCCUAUGGAAAGAGGGUCUUGACUACAGGCACGGCACAGGUCACGGUGUUGGCUCAUACCUGAAUGUGCACGAAGGACCAAUUGGCAUAGGCACCAGAAAACAAUAUUCUGAGGUGGCCCUCUCAGCUGGCAACGUCAUCUCGAAUGAGCCGGGCUACUACGAGGAUGGUUCGUUUGGCAUCCGAAUUGAGAACAUCGUUAUGGUCAGGGAGGUCAAGACACAUCAGCAAUUUGGUGACAAGCCGUACAUGGGCUUCGAGCAUGUCACAAUGGUACCAUACUGCCGCAACAUGAUCGACACGAAUCUUCUUACUAGCGAGGAGAAGCAGUGGCUGAACGACUAUAACGCCGACGUCUUUGCGAAGACGAAGGACUACUUCACAUCUGAUGAGCUGACCACGGCUUGGCUCAAGCGCGAGACACAACCGUUUUGA